CAGAGCACGGACCGGCAGACAGACGCACACGGCGCGACCGCUCAUGGUGCAAUACGCAGCUCCGGAUCCGCCGCGAUAAACUCGCCCUCGCUGCUUCCCCGCUGCCGCGCCUUUCCUCCUCCGCCACUUGGAUUACACGUUACUGAGCGAUUUUUCUCUGUUUAUAAAGCUUUUUUGUUUGUUUGUUUUUUUGUUUUUUUUUGUUUUUUUUACAGAGAGGCUCGAUGCUCUUUUUGAUGUCCUUAAUGCAUCUGACGAAAGAAUCGCCGUUACAUUUCCUGAGAAUUGGGACAUGAGCACAUCGCCCUCGGUGUCUGCCCUGAACACCAGUACUAUUUUCUUCGCCUGGGGGAGAAGCGGUUCUCGGAAUAGCAGCUCCGCGAGCGUCCACGAGCCCUUUCUCCACGCCGCACCUCCGUCUGACCCGCUACGACAAGCCAGCCGACUGCCCAUCAAGGUUUUGAAGAUGCUUACCGCACGAUCGGGACACAUUUUGCACCCAGAGUAUCUGCAGCCUUUGCCUUCUACCCCGGUCAGCCCCAUCGAGCUAGAUGCCAAGAAAAGUCCGUUGGCACUGCUGGCGCAGACGUGCUCUCAAAUCGGCAAGCCGGACCCGCCGCCUUCUUCCAAAUUAUCCUCCGGAACACCGAAUGGAUCUACUGACAAGGAAUCUAAAUCCGGCCCUUUGAAACUGAGUGACAUCGGUGUGGAUGACAAAUCUAGCUUCAAACCCUAUUCUAAACCCUCAGAUAAAAAGGAGUCGUCGUCGGGCGUCUCGGGCGGAGAGAAGUCUGGUUUCCGAGUGCCGAGCGCCACCUGCCAGCCGUUCACGCCACGGACAGGCAGCCCCAACUCCAGCAGCUCUGCCUCUCCCAUGCCGUCAGAGGGCAAAUGCGGAGAGAGGGAUGACAAGAAGGACUCCGAUUGUAAUAAGAACGGCUCGACGGACGGAUCUGGCACCACUAGCCAUAGCAGGAUAAGCGUGAGUUGCGGUGGAAUUAAUGUGGAGGUCAACCAGCACCAAGAGACAACGCCUGGCUCCAAAACCUCCUCCUCCUCGGAAUCGCCGUCUGUAACUUCCGUGUCCUCUGCGUCCGUUCUUGGGUCAGGACUUGUGGCACCAGUUUCCCCUUACAAGCCGGGGCAGACAGUUUUCCCCUUGCCUCCCGCUGGUAUGACCUACCCGGGUAGUUUGGCUGGGGCGUAUGCGGGUUACCCUCAACACUUCCUGCCCCACGGAGGGAGUUUGGUCAACGCACAGCUGGCUAGUUCUCUGGGAUGCAGCAAGGCCGGAUCGAGUCCUUUAGCUGGGGCCUCUCCACCCUCCAUCAUGUCAGCCAGCCUGUGCAGAGACCCUUACUGUCUAAGUUACCAUUGUGCCAGUCACUUAGCGGGCGCAGCCAGCGCCUCCUGCACGCACGACUCCGCAGCCGCGGCGGCCGCUAACGCCCUCAAGUCCGGCUACCCACUUAUGUAUCCAACGCACCCCUUGCACGGCGUCCACUCCACGGCGCCGUCAUUUAGCGGACACCCGCUGUACCCAUACGGCUUCAUGCUCCCCAACGACCCGCUCCCUCACGUUUGCAACUGGGUGUCGGCAAAUGGACCAUGCGACAAGCGUUUCUCCUCCUCGGAAGAGCUCCUGAAUCACCUGAGGACGCACACCGCUUUUACCGGGGCCGAGAAGUUGAUAUCUGGUUACCCCGGCUCCUCUUCGUUAGCCAGCGCUGCAGCGGCAGCCAUGGCCUGCCAUAUGCACAUGCCGCCAUCAGGAGCCCCCGGGAGCCCCGGGACGUUGGCGUUAAGGAGCCCGCACCACGCGUUAGGACUCAGCAGCCGUUACCACCCGUACUCCAAAAGCCCCCUACCCACUGCAGGGGGGCCCGUUCCUGUACCGGCGGCCACUGGCCCUUACUACUCUCCGUAUGCACUGUAUGGCCAGAGACUCACGACAGCGUCGGCUCUUGGAUACCAGUGAGGAAGAAAUCUAGACUUUGAGAAGUUUAUAGUACUAAGAAUGCAAAUAUAAAGACUUUUAUAACAGCGCUCCACUUAUGGACCGGAUCCGUGGACUCAUCUGUAUUUAUUUAUGUCGGCUAAAAGCAGACGAUAAUAGCUGCAAAUGGAAGAUAUCUGAGCAACUCGAAAGUGCAUUAUGUUUAAUAAAGUGAAAACACACUUGGUAGAAGUACUAAUAAAGUAGGGUUCCUCAUUUCGAUGUUAAUUUGAAAUCGCUAUGAUUGUAAUUGUUAUAAUUUAACGUGUCAUUGAGAAGAAGAUAAUUUACAUGCAUGUUUGUUUCUUAAAUUCCAAAUUGUCCACACAAUUUGCGGUUGCCGUUAUUUUUCAGGUGUAUACAUACCAUGGAGAGAGAAUUGGUAUUUUUUUGUAUGUAUUCUGGAGAAAAAAAAAAUAAGAAACGAUUCU